AACUCGUCGGCUUGCCGGUGUUCUCCGUCUCAACCAUGCUGGCCGUCCGAUGAGACAUGGCGGACUAUAAAUGAGUCUGUCUCAGGACGCCUCAUAGCAGUCAAGCCAGUCGCCUGGCCUUGUCACGAUCCCACGCUGGACAAGGCCUUGUGUAAUGAGCGGAAGACGCUCAGCGACGAUUCUUUCUGGCGUCGAGAGCAGCCCGGCGCACUGCAGUACCAAAACUGGGAAGCCUUGCCGUCGUCGAACCAGAGUUGUUUCUUUGAAACUCCUAGUUCGGUGCCUUGCGGUCAGGGAAGAGUGCCGGUGUAUUCCGUUGUCGCCGAGACGGUCAACGAUAUACAAGAGGCAGUGCGGUUUGCACGGGACAAGAACCUGCGUCUGGUGGUGAAGAACACAGGCCAUGAUUUCCUAGGCCGAUCGGGAGCGCCACAUUCGCUACAAAUUGCUACCUUCAAGAUGCGCGGCAUUUCAUUCAGCGAUGACUUUGUGCCCGAAGGGGCCCCGGACAGCCACGGUCAUGGAUCGACGGUGACGGUUGAAGCGGGUGCUGUUCUGAGCGAGAUCUACCCGGCUGUGCAGGAAGAAGGAAAGAUAGCCGUACUGGGAACGGUGCAUACAGUUGGCGCUGCCGGAGGAUAUAUUCAGGGAGGUGGACACUCGCCUAUUGGUUCCUGGAAAGGCAUGGCAUCUGACAAUGCUGUCGAAUACGAGGUGGUUACGGCAGAUGGUGAUCUGGUCACGGCCAACCAGCAUCAACACCGAGAACUUUUCUGGGCUUUGCGUGGCGGUGGCGGAGGAACAUUUGGAGUUGUCACCAAAGUCACUCUGCGAACCUUCGACGAGGUGCCCACGGUGGCCGUGAACCUGACCAUUUCCAUGCCUUGGAGUCCAAACUCCAGCUACUGGCAGUCCCUAGCGGAAUUUAGCUCGCAUAUCCCUGAUAUCAACGACGAGAUGUGUGCAGGGUAUUUGCUCCUGCUGCCAAAGCUUCUCUGGGGAAAUUUCACCGUCUCUGUGCUACAGAUCGACGCUGUGUGCAUGGAUCAGUCCUCGGCAAAAGUAGACAGGCUAUUUCACUCUGUUCUCGCGCAUAUUAGCUGCCUACCUGACGUUACUGUCACCUAUAACUCGACCUCUUACACUACCACGAACCUGGCUCUGAAUAAUUUGAUCAGGCUGGGGAGUAGCAGCGACCAAACCGGUGGUACAGUCAUCCUAGGGUCCCGUUUGAUCUCGCGUGACUUACUCCGGUCUUCCGACGGAAGUCAAGAUCUCGCUAGGACAAUUUCCCAACUGCAGAUGAGCGACGGAGAAGCGAUCCUAGCCCACUUCGUGGUCGGAGGACAAGUCACCGAGAAUGCGGACGUGGAGAGCGGGCUGAACCCGAUCUGGAGGGAUACAGCAAUGAAUGUUAUUUGGACACGCUCCUGGCUUCCUGGCGCCUCGGUCAAGGAGAUCCGCGCCGUGGAAAAACAAGUCAUCCGUGAGGUAAACAUGUUCAAAUCCCUCGAGCCAGACAUGGGGGCAUAUUGCAACGAGGCAAAUCCCAACGAGGUGGGAUUCCAAAAGUCCUUCUGGGGGGAGAACUAUGCACGGUUGUAUGAGAUCAAACAGAAGGUAGACCCUCGGGGUUUGUUUAUUGCUCGCAAGGGCGUUGGGAGUGAGGAUUGGGAUGAUCAGGGUCUCUGCCGA